CCUCAAACUAAUGCAGUUUUUACUUUUUAUUUUCAUUGCAGCCUUCUCCAUGUUGUAAAUAUAUCUCUUAUAGGGCUGUUCGUGGAAUCAUACUGUUUACAACAAGAAUUCCUGGCUAUUAGGCAGAUGGGCCUCAUUUUGAAUAUGAGCAACCCGACAGCCCUUGUAUUCGGUUCAUUGGUUGUACCUACUCCAAGAAAAUUGGGUUAAGUCAUUAGUAUUGCAAUUAUACCGAAAUUUUCUUUUAUGUGCGAUUAUAUACAGAUUUUGACUAUUAUUUAUAUAAGUUUUACAUUGGAUUUAGUUUGCAAAUGAAUAAAAUCUAUAUUACUAGUUUAUGCUUUUCAGCAUGUCUGACUGGACAAAUGUACAAUCUAUCUACUUAGUUUGAAACAAGUACUUUUUAAUAAGUUGAAGUGCUUUCAAAACAUGAAACACUCAAUGCCUUGGACGUUUCUUUUGGUUGCCAAGGGCCACUUGGCAACUGGCAAGUGGGGUGCGAACGGCCGAGUUAAAAAAAGAGCAGCCCUUGACCUUGACAGGCUUAAGCUUCUUAAAACUAAUGAAGGCCACCAAUAUUAACUGACACCUAACGUUCAAAAAAACUUGCCAUUCAAUUCCCCGCCAAUCACAAAGGAAACGGUUAGUUGUGACAUCCCCGAAACCUACCAGUCUUCUCUACUAUGUCUUGUCUCCCCUCUGAUCCAUUGCAUUUUGCUGCAUUUUGCUCUCUUUCUGGUUAUCCAAGGAGCAACCAUGUACAGGCCAGGGAUCUUACCUGAUUCCAACCAUGUUCAACAUCAACGGUGGCAAGAGACUUGCGCACGAUUGCUAGCUCCUCUGACUUUAUGGAUAUGUGUGUCAGUAAGCCUCCGAUAUGGCUACUAUGGGGAUUACCGUAUGGUGCUUGGACCAAACUCUUCUCGAUUGAUGAAGGCUAGUUCUUUUUUUGUGGAACAUGUUGAAGCAAGAGAUGAAAAUGGGAAAGGGGCUCUUCUUUAUGGGUUCUCCGAGAAGCCAGAAUUAAGCAAGGAAGCAAAUUGGAGCGCUUCAAAUUAUUUGAUUGUUGGGUCAUAUGGUCACAAGGGAUACUCUUUGUGGUUAAACAAGGGUUCUAGGAUCUGCAUAAGAUGGGCAACUCAAACCAGUAGACUAGACAAAAUUGAAGUGAUUAUGAUAAAAGGGGAAAUGAAACGACAAACAUUGCUGCCCAAACUGACGGUGUCCUUUGAUGCCCAUUUCCUGAAUGAACCAGUGAUCGGUAAAGAAGCAGAAUACACCAUUGAGGAAGAUGACAAGUAUUAUCUAGGUGUGAUUAACUCGAAUCAUAGAAGCAUAAUAAUAAAUUUUGGUUUAAAUGUUACAUCGAAGGUGUAUGAUGUAACAAAAGCCAGCAACACGUGUUCAACACUAAAUGGAUCAUGCCGGCUCAAACUUCUGUUUCCUGACACUCAGUAUGUUAUAGUUUCAACACCGGACAAUGGUGAUAUUGCUGGAUGGUACAUUGAGCUAUCUUUUGUAGCUCGAGUUAUUACUUACAUUGCAAUUUUAGGUUUUUUCAUCAUUAUCGUUUUACUGUUGCUGAAAUACCUUGGGGCAUGUGAUAGUGAGACAACGGUAGCUGAUACAGCAUCUCGGGAAAUACCCUGGAGAACCGAGACUGACCCUAUAUUGCCAGAGAAGCCGGUUGGGCUGACCUAUGGAACAACAGCAGAGGAAGACGAUGACGCUGAGACAGGAUCAUCUAGUAGCUCUUCAGAGGAUUUAUAUGAUGCAAAAUUAUGUGUAAUAUGCUAUGAUGAUCAACGAAACUGCUUCUUCGUUCCUUGUGGACACUGUGCCACUUGCUUUGAUUGUGCUCAAAGGAUUAUGGAGGAGGAUAACAAGAUGUGUCCAAUAUGUCGAAGACUCAUUCACAAAGUAAGAAGAUUGUUUAGUCCCUAGGAGCUAAUGAAAUGGGAUUGUAAUUUCAUGUUAGCAUUGUCAAUUUGGCGAGUGGUGGAGGAUUGCCUAUGAAAGUUCAUUUUUCUCAAUCGGCCUUGAUGCUAAUAGUAACCCAGAAAGUUCAUUUUUCUCAACCAAGCAGCAUGGAAUGCUUGGUUUUAGUGGUUUGUAUUUGUUUUGUCCCAGCAAGCUAGUGUCCUUUCUCAUAUCUUUAUCACUUGGGAAAAUGGGCAUAGUCUUUCUUGUGUUGGCUAAAUGAAUAUAAUGUUCUUGUGGCAUCAUUCUUCAUUCUUAUAUAUUUGUU